CAGUGAGACAGAGACGGGGCUUUGGGGGAGGACGGGUCUUCACUAAUAAGACAAACACCGAGGUUUGGCUGGAAACUUCGGGCAGCUGCUGAGCCAGCGAGGGCAUAAUGGUCGUGUCGGUGCGGAGCUGGGUCGCCAACGAGGGAGGAAAACACUUGGUCUUGAUGCUGUGGUUAGGAGCCAACACCUGGCUGUUCAUUAAGACUUUUCUGCUCUACUCCACUGGAAAACAGUACCAUUACCUCUACAAGAUGCUGGGGCUAGGGCUGUGCAUCAGCAGGGCGUCAGCAUCCGUGCUCAACCUGAACUGCAGUUUGGUGCUGUUGCCGAUGUGUCGCUCCCUGCUCACCUUUGUCCGGGGAACACAUACGGUACCCAGCAGGAAGACUCGUAGACUUCUUGACAAGAGCAAGACCUUUCACGUCGCAUGUGGAGUUGCCAUCUGCAUCUUCUCUGUCGUGCACGUGUCUGCCCACCUGGUAAAUGUUGUGAACUUCAGUGUGAGCUACUCAGACGACUUCCCUGCCCUGAAUUUGGCUCGCUACAGAGGAGAGGACCCAAAACUGAUCAUACUGACAACAAUCCCAGGAGUCACUGGUGUCCUGUUGGUUCUCAUCCUCUUUCUGAUGUUCACAUCCUCCUCAUACUGUGUGCGGGUGUCCAACUAUGAGAUCUUUUGGUACACACACAAUCUCUUCAUUGUUUUCUACAUCAUCCUGAUGGUGCAUAUGGUCGGAGGAGCUCUAAAGUAUCAAACAAACCUGGAGGCCCACCCUCCUGGCUGUCUCCGAGCCAAUCAGAGCAGCACAGAGCAGCAGGGAGAGGAGCUGGAGCAGAGCGAGGAUGAGGAGAGGAGAUGCAGAGAGGAGGCUCACUUCCAGCCACACUGCCCUCAGACUUGGCUGUGGGUGUCUGGUCCUCUCUGUCUUUACUGUGCAGAGCGUCUUUACCGCUACAUCCGAAGCAGCAACCCUGUAACCAUAGUUACGGUCAUCAGGCACCCCUGUGAUGUCAUUGAGUUGCGCAUGCUAAAGGAAAACUUUAAAGCUCGCCCUGGACAGUAUAUUGUUCUUAACUGUCCAGGUGUCUCUUCAUUUGAGAACCAUCCUUUUACCCUAACAACGUGUCCCACAGAGAGCAAGGCAACUUUUGGCGUCCAUCUCAGGGUCGUGGGAGACUGGACUGAGCGGUUCACACAGCUGCUACUUCCUGAACCAAGGAUAGACUUGGAGAUCCUUCCCAUGGUGCAACAGAGGAGAUAUCCAAAGGUUUAUGUCGACGGCCCAUUUGGAAGUCCUUCAGAGGAAGUGUUUAACUACGACGUCAGCCUUUGUGUUGCGGGAGGAAUAGGAGUCACGCCAUUUGCAUGUGUGCUUCAUGCUUUACUUAAUGACUGGACAAGUUUCAGGCUGCAGAGGUUGUACUUUGUGUGGGUCUGCAGGGAGCUCCAGUCCUUCUACUGGUUCGCUGAGCUGCUGAGUGCUCUUCAUCAUAAGCUGUGGCGGGAUAACAGACCAGACUACUUCAAUCUGAAACUGUACGUCAGUCAGCCGGACGAUCUGCAGAGCAUGUCUGAGGAGAGGUACCGUCCACUCACAUCAAGACUGCUGGUCGGUCGUCCCCAAUGGAAGUUGCUGUUUGAUGAGAUUGCAAAGACCAAUAAGCAUAAACGAGUUGGAGUUUUCUGCUGUGGACCAAAAGGCAUCUCCAGGACUCUGCACAGACUGUGUAACUCAGCCCAAUCCACUGGAACUACCUUUGAAUUCAAUAAGGAGUCCUUCAGCUGAUCAAACAUCAGAGCUUACAUUUCUCUGCAUAUA